AGUUUUCGAAACCGAAAAGAUCGGUGAAUAGCUUGAAAAAUUCGGUGUGUAUUGCGAUGUCGGAUAUCGGCAGCGGUGACGAGGGAAUAAAUAGUCAGAGUACGUAUCAAUUUGAAAAAUCCGGGCGUUCGGAACACCGGUUGUGAUGAGAAAGAAUCAUUCGUUAACCGUCGCGACCAAUGUUCCCUCUUGUUAGGAACGUUCAAAAUAUCCAGGACAUAGUUAUGCCAGAGAUGCUUUACAUCAUAGUGCAGUGAAUGUGAGUCUUGUGUAGUGUUAUUUUAUAUACAGUCUUGAACCAAGAACAAAGAAAAGUGUGUGUUGUGUUACUACUAUGCUUGGAAACAAAGGAGUUGUGGGAGAAUCUGCUUUGAUGAAGAUAACCUUUGAUUAGUUUGAGCCAUCAAGAAUAUAUCUUGAAGAUAGAAAUUGCAGUAAUGGAGCCAGAUAUGGAAUAUCAUGGUCAAGGCAUGGACGCGGGAGGGAACAAUUUUGACUCCGGUCAACAGCCACAAGAGCAGGAGCUGGCGACGAAGAUGCUGCAGAUCCAAUCGAAACGUUUCUACUUAGACGUAAAGCAGAACAGGAGGGGUAGAUUCAUUAAAGUAGCCGAAAUUGGAGCGGACGGGAGACGCAGUCAAAUAUUCCUCGCCAUGUCAACAGCCGCCGAAUUCCGUGACCACCUGUCCAGUUUCAGUGAUUUUUACUCGUCACUCGGACCACCCAAUCCGGACAACGUUCCCGAUGACGGAAAACUCAAGUCGGAAAUGAUGCUUAAGGACAACCGUCGGUACUAUUUGGAUCUGAAGGAGAACUCCCGCGGGCGGUUCCUCCGUGUCUCCCAGACCAUAACGCGCGGGGGGCCCCGCAGUCAGAUCGCGCUGCCGGCGCAGGGCAUGAUCGAGUUUCGGGACGCACUGACCGAUCUCUUGGAUGACUUCGGUACUGAUGAUGGCGGCUUCAAAGGAGAGCUCCCCGAAGGUCGACAUUUGCGUGUCGACAACAAGAAUUUCUACUUCGACAUCGGACAGAACAACCGCGGUAUAUACAUGAAAGUAAGCGAGGUGAAGAGUAACUUCCGCACCGCCAUCACCGUGCCGGAGAAGUGUUGGACCCGCUUCAGGGACAUCCUGGCCGAUUACUGCGACAAGAUGUGCCGCGCUCACCAACAGAACGCCGAAAACCAUCAGAGCGGACCUAUACCUGGUGGUUCCGGUGUCCGGGGCGGUCCCUCGCAGCCAGCGCCCUCUUCCUCCGACAUAGACACAUUCUCUUGCAACGUACCUAAUCGGAUUUGAUGGGCGGGCAAUCCGAUCUCCUACUCAUCGCCUCGACCUUAUCCAGAGAAUUGAUCAUGACUUAACUGAAACGCCAAAAGGAGGGAUUCUCUGUUACUAAAUCUGGAGCACAACAAAAAGAUACAAACUAACGAUAGAUGGCGCACGAGCAUUUUAUAUAUCUAUACAUAUAUGCAAUUUACUUGUCUGUAAAACUAUUUGACUUUCUUGAAAACUCACUAAGCUUCCUUUUAAAUAGCAUAUCUCUUGAAACGACUAAGGAUUAUUAAUAUCUAUAUAUAUAUAUAUUUUCAUUAUUCUGAUUUUUUAAUGCUCGUGCGGUAUUUUCACUAAUCGCUCGUACCGUUAUUCGAUUGUAUGCUUAAUGUCGAUAAGUUAAAAGUUAAUUUUGCAAGGAAACUAUGCAAGCCUUACAAUACUUGGUAUCGAAUGAAUCGAUUUUAAAGGCGGUCGUAAUAGUGCUCAAUGAUAUUGAUUGUUUGCGAUAAAAUUGGUGUUCUUUAAAAUUAUUCUAAUUUAAAAACAAUUUUUUCUUUGACGCAACGAAUAGUUCCAAAAACUCUAGUUUUAGUAUAUUAAAAAAAGUAUACUAAAUUCAAAAUUCGAUAAAAAAUUUAAUAUGACUUUUAAGAAAAUUAAUUUUCUAAUCUUAUCGUGACAAACAAUUGGACAUGUCGUCGCCUGUGUAGUUGGUACGUGUGUGUGUGCAGUCAAUAAAAAAAUUAUUUUAAAAUGCUUGCAACACUAAAAUAUAAAAAAUGGCUUCACACAAAUUGUCGGUUUGAAGAAUAACAAAAAUGUGUACCUUUUAAACUAACUCAAUUUUUUUUUUUUUAGAUGAACAAAAAAAUUUUUUCAAUUCUUGUCAUUGUUGCCAAUCUUGAACUUGAGAAGUUUGAAGAAUUUACAAAAUUUUGCUAAAAUUAAUUUUAUAUCUUGUGAACGACAUGGAGUUGUUCAUGUGAUAUGUAUAAUUAUGAUAUUUUUGGUCUUUUUGGGAAAAAUAUAUUAUAAAUCGUCUCUCUGAGAGAA